CUCCACCAGCAAUGGAAGAUCGCCUUUGACGUCACAAGGGAAGACAAUAAAUUCACUCUAAUCGACAUACAUAGUAGAAGUAGAGCUUAAUCACACAUCAACAAGAUUAAGUGACAAAAAGACAUCAAAUUCAUCGUUUUUUAGAGCAGCAAUUUGUGAAAAGAGAUCGAGUUUUCGAUUGAGGAUUGCAAAUUUGACAAAAGGAGAAAAAAGAUGAGGGCGUUGGUAGAUUCACUUGGGCUUUUGUUCAUGAUUUCGAUGUUCAGUGCUUGUAACGGGCUAUCUAUUCCUCGAAUCAUUGAACGCAUGCACAUCAGCAGUAGUGGUAGUAGCAACAGCAGUUAUUUGACCAAGGAUGAGUUCUGGUUCAAUCAGACGCUCGAUCAUUUUUCCCCUUACGAUCAUCGUAAGUUUGGGCAGCGAUAUUACGAGUACUUGAACGAAUUCAAGCUUCCCCAUGGUCCAAUCUUCUUAAAAAUAUGUGGUGAAGCUGCAUGUAACGGGAUAUCGAAUGACUAUAUGAGCAUUUUGGCAAAGAAGUUUGGAGCUGCUUUAGUUACACUUGAGCAUCGAUACUACGGAAAGAGCUCUCCAUUCAAAUCCCUAACAACCAAAAACCUAAAAUUCCUUUCAUCUAAGCAGGCACUAUUUGACUUAGCUGCUUUCCGUCAAUUCUAUCAGGAAUCAUUAAACUCAAAACUCAACAGAACAAAUAUUGAGAAUCCAUGGUUUGUUUUUGGCGUUUCUUAUGCUGGAGCUCUUAGUGCAUGGUUUCGUUUGAAGUUCCCUCAUCUCACAUGUGGGAGUCUUGCAAGUUCUGCUGUAGUUAAUGCUGUUUACAAUUUCACUGAAUUCGAUCAACAGGUUGGUGAGUCAGCAGGACCUGAAUGUAAAGCUGUAUUACAAGAAGUUACUCAACUUGUUGAACAAAAACUUGCAUCAAAUAGUAACGCAUUGAAGACCACAUUUGGUGCUACUCAGCUAAAAAUAGAUGGUGACUUCUUGUAUUUUCUAGCGGAUGCUGCAGCCAUAGCUUUUCAAUAUGGGAAUCCAGAUAAACUUUGCACACCAAUGACUAAAGCUAAAAAGGCAGGAGAAGAUCUAGUGAAUGCAUAUGCAAAAUACGUGAAGGAAUAUUAUGUAGGAAGUUUUGGAGCUGAAGUUGAAUCAUAUAACCAAGAAAAUCUUAAAAAGACAAACCCAAGUGUGUAUGAAUCUGGUGAUAGGUUAUGGUGGUUUCAAGUUUGUAGUGAAGUUGCAUAUUUCCAGGUGGCACCUUCAAACGAUAGCAUUCGCUCUUCAAAGAUUGACAUAAGGUAUCAUUUGGAUCUAUGCAAAAAUGUAUUUGGAGAAGGUGUGUAUCCGGUUGUUGAUGCAACAAAUCUUUACUAUGGGGGCAAAAACAUUGCUGGAUCAAAAAUAGUUUUUACAAAUGGGUCACAAGAUCCAUGGAGACGAGCAUCAAAGCAAGUGUCAUCUGAAAGCAUGCCAUCAUAUAUAAUUAGUUGUCAUAACUGUGGUCAUGGAAGUGAUUUAAGAGGUUGCCCACAGUCUCCUUCCCCUCCUGAAGGAAGCUCAAAGGGGUGUAGUUCAUCGGAUGUGGUUGACAAAGUAAGACAUGAGAUUGUAGAACAUAUAGACUUAUGGUUGGCUGAGUGUCAUGAUUUUAGUAAGUGUUCAAGUCAAUAAGUCUUCAGAAAAAUAGUAUAAAAUAUAAAACGUGUGAAUUGCUGCUUCAUUCAUGAUCUUAAUUAUCUGUUUUUAGUGAGAUUGAGAGAUGAUGAUGCAAAUAAGUUAUCAAAACCUUUGUUGCAUGUAAAUUGCAAACAUUUUUGUUCUUGGAGUAAGUUGUUAGCUAGUAAAAUGAAUGUCAUGUUUUAUGAUCACGUGUUUGGUUAUCAUAAAAACAUAUGAGAGUAGAAUGUGAUAACUUGAGAUUCCCACUUUGGUUUUAAUGAUAACAAACAUCGAAUCAAGAUCAUAUCGUUAUUUAACAAUUUAUUUGUUUGUGUGAAAGAUACUAUUGUGCAAGUAUUAUACAUCUAAGUGAUCAAAACAAUUUAAGCUUAAACACAUAUAAUGUGUUUAUGCCUCGAUGAAGGGCAUCAACAAAUACUUUCAACGAAGUUCUUUUUUUAUGUUUGGCCAAUGAAAGAAAGAUCUUAAAGAGAUUUUCCUAUGUAUAUUAAUCGUUGUAAGAGAUUAGAUUACUCAAAUUUUAAUAAUCAUACAUGUUUUGUUUUGUAAUUUGUAUG